GGACAUGCCCUAGUGGAUCAAACAUCCACACCAACAAGACUUGCCCUCAGGUAUAGAGCGUGUUGCCCUCAGGUAUAGAGCGUGUUCUCCUCAUUCCCAAUCUCUCUGCAAAUCGUUCAAAAUGUUUGCCCGUCUCGCCAGCAAACGCCUCUUGGAGAUCCGUCAAAUCUUUAAUCAAUCUCCUUCUCAGAGCUCUCGUUCCUUAUCAACUGCCCUAAAUUAUCAUUUGAAUUCUCCGGAUAACAAUCCAGAUAUUCCAUGGGCCUUCAACGCUAAGAAUAAGGAAAAAGUCAGGGAGAUAUUAUCACACUACCCAUCCAACUACAAGCAAUCUGCAGUUAUUCCUCUUCUAGAUCUUGCACAGCAACAACAUGGGGGAUGGCUGACUGUUUCAGCGAUGAAUGCUGUGGCCAAGGUCAUAGAUGUUGCUCCUAUUCGUGUAUAUGAAGUGGCAACAUUCUAUUCAAUGUUCAACCGUGCAAAGGUGGGAACUUAUCACCUCUUAGUCUGUGGUACUUCACCUUGUAUGAUACGGGGUUCACGUGAAAUAGAAGACGCCUUGCUGAAACACCUUGGAGUUCAGCGAAAUGAAGUAACAAAAGAUGGCUUGUUCUCAGUUGGGGAAAUGGAAUGCAUGGGUUGCUGUGUAAAUGCUCCUAUGAUUACUGUUGCAGACUACUCCAAUGGUUCAGAAGGAUACACAUAUAAUUACUAUGAAGAUGUUACUCCAAAGCGAGUUGUUGAGAUCGUCGAGAUGCUGAGAAGGGGAGAGAAACCGCCGAAAGGAACUCAGAAUCCUAAUCGUAUAAUGAGCGGGCCUGAAGGUGGAAACACCACUUUGUUAAGUGAUCCAACUCCUCCACCAUGCCGAGAUCUUGAUGCGUGCUGAUAAUCAGAUGAUAAAAUUGUUCUAGUUUCAAUAAUACCAAGUUUCACUGUUGAAUUGAUGUUGUUUCACUAUUGAUCUGCGCAGUGCGAGCAUGGUUGCAGUAGUGAUCAUUUACCUCAACCAUUUUGGUUAUUCGGCUGUUGUAUUUUGGUUAGUUGUUCUGUUGUAUCAGAUGAUCCUUGGAUACUUUGUCCUCGAAGAUAUGGAUAAAACCAUUGUGUUCAUAAUUUUUGCUUCAACAUGAGAAGGUAUCAAACUAUUAAUGCUGUAACAAUUCCAGACUUCAAGUCUCUAGCAAACCAUGCAUAGGAGUGAUAAUACAGUUUGUGGUGAAUUGUGCUCA